UUAUCCCGAAUAUAAAGAUCAUGAUCAGUGGCUAAUUAAUUAUUACUGUCGGCUGGCUCAUCUUGCUCACAUGACAGUCUAAUGUACACAUAUUUUAUCACCUGAGCCGCCAUACUUGACUUUGCAAGCCUGAAAUGUUUACAGAGAAUAUUAGUUGCCAUGUUAAUGUUGCUUAAAAAAUUGUCAAGUCUAUUCUAACAUAUCAAAACCAAAACCAUAGUGCCUUAGUUUUUUCAAAUAUGUCUGCGUUUGAUAUGUCAUAAUUGAUUACAUAUACUUGGCAUUAGGCCACAACUUUUCUAUCAAACCGACCCAAUAAAAAAAAAGUAAAACAUUACUAUGUUUUAUUUAAUAACUAGAAUUCAGACAUAUUUCCAACUGUUCGGAGCAUGUUUUAUGAUCUAAAAGCCAAGCUGCAGGUUGGUCUGUUCAGCAACUAAUCAAUGGAGGAAACCAAUCGGAAGCCAAGUGCCAUAACCAGUAGCUGCCAUGUAGUAGCAAUGCCAUUUCCAGUCACUCAAGAGUGGCAUAACUUACUUAGCUCGUACGAAAAGCCGCCCAACGUCCAUUUCCGAACUAUCCCGAAUGUCAUACCAUCAGAACUCGUUCGUGCUAAGGAUUUUCCUGGUUUCUUGGAAGCUGUUGCUACAAAUUUGGAAGUUCCCUUUGAGAAAGUUCUUGAUGAGCUUCAUCCGGGUGUCGAUGUUAUUGUGGCCGAUACUUGUUUGAAUUGGGUGGUUCGAGUUGGGAAUCAUAGGAGCAUUCCUGUUGCUUCUUUUUGGACUAUGUCUGCUACUGUUUUUUCUGUUUUUCUCCAUUUUGAUCUUCUCUCGCAAAAUGGCCAUUUUCCUGUACAAUUGUCAGAACGAGGAGAAGAAGUUGUGGACUACAUCCCAGGAGUUCCUCCAACGCGCCUACGAGAUCUUCCAGCAUUUUUUCAUGGAAGUGGCCGAAAAACACUUCACCGAGCCCUGGAAGAUGCUUCAAUGGUGCCCAAAGCUCAGUACCUUUUAUUCACUUCUGCAUACGAGCUUGAAGCUGGAGUCGUUGAUGCGUUAAAGUCGAAGUUUCCCUUUCCUGUCUACUCUGUAGGCCCUAGCAUACCUUAUCUUGAAUUGCAAGAUAACUCGUGUUUGACUACCAGUGAUCAGAAUGAUGUCCCUGACUACCUUAAAUGGCUUAAUUCCCAACCCAAAGAGUCGGUGUUAUAUGUUUCAAUGGGAAGCUUCCUUUCAAUGUCCAGUGCCCAAAUGGAAGAGAUUAUAUGUGGAGUGUGUAGUAGUGGUGUUCGGUUCCUCUGGGUGUCUCGUGGCGCCACAACUCUCUUUAAAGAUGUUCAUGUUAAUACAGGAUUGAUAGUUCCUUGGUGUGAUCAAUUGAGAGUAUUAAGUCAUCCUUCUAUUGGCGGUUUUUGGACACAUUGCGGCUGGAAUUCUGCUAUGGAAGCUGUGUUUUCUGGCAUUCCAAUGCUUACUUCUCCCAUAGCUUGGGAUCAAACUCCAAAUAGUAAGAAAAUUGUGGAUGACUGGAAUAUCGGGUGGAGAGUAAAGCAGGGGGUUGAUCUUGAACGUUUGAUAACACGAGAAGAUGUCGCGAAACUUGUGAAGAGUUUUAUGGAACCGGAAAGUGAUGAGGUCAAACAAAUGCGAAAGAAGGCUAAAGAGCUUCAAGAGGCUUGUCAAGCUGCAAUUGCAGAUGGUGGAUCAUCGCAUACCAACCUUAAAUCUUUCAUAAGGGAUAUUUCGCAUGGAGAACAUAAAUAAACAAGUUGAUUUUAAAGUAUACUUAUUAAGAAAUGCACCCCCCGGAACAUUGAUUGUCGCUUUCGAAUUGAAUAUUGGAAUGUAUGUUUGCCAUGCUGUACUUUA